AUGUUCUAAUAAAAGGAUUCGCAGGAAACUUUGCUGCAUUAGACUAGUAGAUCCAGAACAAAAUUAGGAUUAGCUAGCUUUUUAAUUAUAGGUUCUGCUGUUGGAUUAGUUAUGAUUUUUAACAGUGUGAAUUACUCUUCAGAUAUUUUGGUAGCAUAGUCUGAAUAGACACAGCUAUAAACUUCUACUCUCAGAGGAAAAGACGCUCAUGUUGCAUUCUAUUAGUCUUGCUAUACAAGGGCAGAUCAAGAAUCGAAUAGUAACUGGAGAAAGUGGAGGAAUAUAAUGGAUGAAUGUCUUUCUGAAUAAUACUGUUUGCCAGGAAGUAGAUUUACUGCUGAUGAUGGACAAGUUUGGCAAAAAUAUAACUUUGAAAACUUCGCUUAUAAUAGAUGUUAUGGUCCAGCAGAUGCAUUAACAGAAGCUAAAUAAGGAUGGGGAACAGAAAUGUGGAACCAAUAUGUUCUUGAUUGCAAUUCAGCUAUGUGUAAACUUUAACCACCAACCUACAGAUGGAAAUUGACUGAUUAUUUGGCAAAGAAUUAAGAGUGCAAGGCUUCAGCUGAUAAAUCCUUUAUUUAUUCAAGACCAGAUUUAUAUUAUGCGAGUAUCAACUUAUGCCUUGGAAAAUUAUACUGCAACAAAGAUGAAACCUACAACUUGCCCAUAUGGACAUUUGAUUAGUGGGAUAAAGCUUCUAAUGAAUGUAAUACUCUAGCUAUAAGUUGGUAUAACUCUGGUGACAGCACUUGGUCUAACAAGAUGAGUCAGUGUCAUUAACAAAAAUGCGCGAAAAUUAGUACUGGUACUUACCUUAAAGCAAACCCGAAUCCAGAUUAUCCAGAAGGUUCUUGGAUCUUUAUGGGAAAGUAUGGAGUUGAUGCUUAAGAUAGAGCAUUUCAAAGAUGUUGGAAUGAAUGCCCAAACAUAAUGCUCGCAGAAAAAAGAGCAACAAAUGGAAGGGACUGGUUUUGUGCAAGACACAUUGAUGCAAAAACAUUUACUGAAGGAUAUUUUUUAGCACUGCAGUCUUCCACUGAAUAAGAACUUGAAUAUCUUCCUUAAAAUGAAACUAUUACAAGUUUAGUAACAGUAGAUGGAGCAGCUGAUGCAGUUGGAGCAUCUAUAGAUGCUAUCAUGAAAUUAGGGAAAGCGUUCGUGCUUGCCUUCAAUCCUGUGAUGUGCUAUUAUAAAAGAGACGGCUCAUAAAUUCCAACCUUACUCUAACAAUAUAUUAGACCAAACAAAAUUGUUUGGAGACUUAAUGAGGAUUCAUAUAAGUGCAGAUUAGAUGGAGAUUGCUAUAAUGGCUGCCUUAAUUAUGGUCUUCUUAGAUAUUAAUGCUUUAUUGAAGGAAAAAAACCAAACGGGAGAUGUGCUUGCUGGUGA